AGGGUGAGGCUGGGGGUGGGGUGGGGGUAGAGGAGGGGUGUGUGUGCACAGGCUUAUGGGAGGAGAGGGGAUGCUGCCUCACGUCAGCCGGCUGCAGAUGAAACCUCUUGUCAGACUGACACAGCUGCAGCUCGACCUGCAGCUAUGGGUGUCAGAGUUUACAACAGGUCUGGCGAUGAUGGUGGUGGUGGUGGUGCUGAUGGCGAGCGCCGCGGAGAGGGGUCCUCAACGAGGGCGCAGCGCCACCCAUUGGCAGGGAUGAGACACUGCCUCUUUUUCACCUGCAGAGACAGAGUGUUCAGAUCUGGGAAAGACUUGAUAGAAAAGUGUUCCAAUUAAAAAAGGAUAGACAGGGUAGAGAGGGAGAUGGGAGGUUGGUUCAUUAAUUAUUGUUUAACUGAUGCAGACAUUAGGGCUGUGAGCGCAGAUCUAUAACAGCUGCAGCCUUGUGCAUACGUGCAGAUACAGUCAUGCCUUUGCACUAACUAGAAGGGGAGGAGAGGAGCUACAUCAUGGGGGGCAGGGCUGACAGAUAUUUGCAAAUGAACCAAUAAUCUGCAGGUGAUAAAUGAUUAAUUAAGAGUCAGAUGAUCUUUCUUGGGUGGGAAAAUGUCACUGCAAGACCACUCCCACCCAGACUGCUCUUCAUCACAACAUUUAGAGGCAGCUGUAUGACCAGCAGACAUCCAUGUCCUGUCUCAUCUCUCCCUGCACAGCCAAGCGACACAGCCAGGUCUCUUUAGCUUAUCCCCUGUUGCUUCCUGUCAUUGUGACCCUGAGGCUCCUCUCCCAAGCUUUUGCAAUGACCCCUGGGUGUAGACAGGCCACACCUCCUGCUGCCCAGCUGUC